GUGAGGAGCGGCUAGGAGGUGAGGAGUUUCUGUGGUGAGAAACGAGAGUUGUCAUGUACAGAACUAGUCUGUUGGACAGAAUGUUGGGCUGUUGAGAAGGUGUGAAAGCAAAAAGCAUGAGACAUCUUUUGGCCAGUUCAUUUUAUUUACUGUGUUAGAAAUCCUACAGAGACUUACUGAAUACUGAAUAUGAUUGACUUAAUGGACCAGCAUAUAAGGGCCCCCAUACACUCUCAGUUCCAUCUGCAGUUUAAACUGCACAGUUGGAUCGUACGUGUAAUGGGAAAUCCCAACGACUGUGCAGUCAGAACUGUUGACCUGUGGAUCUUUUGGAAUGGCAAAAGAUUUAACUGCGCAGUUCAACUGUGGUGUCCUGUGUGUGUCGAUUUCUGAAGGCCAAAGCACAGUUCUCCAGACAGCUGUGAGUUAUCCACUCAUCUGUUACAGUGUCGAUCUAGAAUCAUGGUUACAUGGUCAAAAGAUUUUCUCAUUGGAUUUAUUUAACUUUUCAAAACAGAGGAAUGUUUAUGGAAGAUUAUAUCAAAGGACUAUCACAAUAGAAGCAAGAGGGAUAUGAACUGUGGAAUUCUGGUUUCAAAAGUGUAAAACGUGGAGCCUAAUGUGACACGAGACACUAUUGUCAAAAAGAUAAACAAUUUACAUUGCACAUUUAGAAAGGAGCAGAAGAAGGUGAAGAAAUCCAAAGUGUCAGGUGCUAGUGCUGAUGACUUGUGGUAUUACAACCACCUCCUUUUUUUGACUGAUCAGGAAAUGCCACACAGUUUGACCUCCAGUAUGCAAGGAGAGGAAAGCGAGGCAGCUGAUUUCACUGAGGACUCAAACGUGACUACUCCUGACAGGGAAUUAGAUGUUUCUUUGAAUUCACCCAGUCGGUCAACCUCAGACUGUACUCCAGGCAGCGAUACAACAGCCCCAUAUUUGCCAGACACACAAAGAAUCUUUAAAAGGGCUAAGAAACCAUCUCCAUCCGACAGUCUGUUGUCUCUUGUUAGUGACAAAUUACAGGAGUUUCCAGAUGCUCCUCGACCUUACGUAAAUCAAGACCAAAGGAGAUGCAUUGGAAGCAUAAGGGAGCAACUAAAGUUAUCAUGGCUGACUUCUCUAAUAGGGUGUGUUCUGUUUGCAGCUGGAAUGAGGCUGCUUUUCUGGAAUGAGGGACAGGUGGUGCAAACUGCCCGCUUACUGGAGGAAGCACUGAAUACUAUUAUUCCGGUUCAGUAUACAUCUGUUGUGAUGGCAGAAAACAAUGGGAAAUUGGUGCAUUUUAGUGGAGCUUUACAUGUGGGAGAGCUGCUUACAGAGCCGGAAUAUGGAGUGGCUGUUCCUGCAGCGAAGUUGAAACGCCGUGUCCAGAUGUAUCAGUGGGUAGAAGAGGAGCAAAACAGGACCCUAGUUCAGGACUGUCAGGAAGUACCAGUGAUGGUCAUGAAUGUUACCCACAGGGACCAAAAGCUCAGGAGAGGAUCUCUUCUGGCGCACUGUGAGACAAAAAGGACUGACCAUCGCCAGAAGAGGGACGAGCCACCAUGCAACAGUAGCACAGCAAAAGCAGAAGAGAAGCAACACAAGGAUGUCCUGUUGUGCAACAGUGGCAAGACGCAAGAGAGAGAGAGCGUGAAGAAGAACCUUACUCAGGGAACUGGUGGACCCGGGAGGAAGCGAUUGGUCGCGGCUGACAAGAAUAUUACCCACUGUGCAAAUGUGACACAGCGCAAGAGACUUAGACUUCAGGGAGAUCAGAUGGAAUCACACACAAACCCACAUAAGAAUUGCUAUCUUUUUCAGUUUCCAGAUGCUCCUCGACCUUACGUAAAUCAAGACCAAAGGAGAUGCAUUGGAAGCAUAAGGGAGCAACUAAAGUUAUCAUGGCUGACUUCUCUAAUAGGGUGUGUUCUGUUUGCAGCUGGAAUGAGGCUGCUUUUCUGGAAUGAGGGACAGGUGGUGCAAACUGCCCGCUUACUGGAGGAAGCACUGAAUACUAUUAUUCCGGUUCAGUAUACAUCUGUUGUGAUGGCAGAAAACAAUGGGAAAUUGGUGCAUUUUAGUGGAGCUUUACAUGUGGGAGAGCUGCUUACAGAGCCGGAAUAUGGAGUGGCUGUUCCUGCAGCGAAGUUGAAACGCCGUGUCCAGAUGUAUCAGUGGGUAGAAGAGGAGCAAAACAGUGAGCUGAUGCCAGGGGACCAUGAAUAUGUUGAAACUAGUUACUCAUACACGAUGGAGUGGAGGGACAAGCUGAUUGACAGCUCCUUAUUCUACAGUACCUCGGGCCAUCACAAUCCAAAAGAAUUUCCCCUGAAGAGCAUAGUGUAUGUGAAUGAGCAUGUGAUUGUUGGAAGCUGUGUGUUUGGUGCAGCGCUCAAAGAGAAGUUCUCUGACUAUGUGCUGGUGACAAGUGAUGAACGGCCAGAGAGGAGGGACAUCAAGUUACAUGCAGGCUUGUAUUAUCACAGUCAAGAUGUGUGGAAUCCAGAAGUCGGUGACAUCAGAGUUCAGUUCUCAUACGCAGGGAAGGCUGGUGAAGUGGUGAGUGUUGUGGGGAUGCAAGUUGGGAAAGAGAUUCGACCCUAUCAGACAUUCUCAGGGGAUGAAAUACUGAUGCUGCGAUAUGGUCGCCUGACUGUAGAGGAAAUGUUUCUUGAAGAACGAGUUCACAACCAAUGGCUGACAUGGGCUUUGCGUGGUCUUGGUUGGUUGAUGAUGUUUCUUGGUGCAAAUUGCCUUACAAACAUCUUGCAUCUUAUUGUUUCCAGGUAUUCAGUCUUGCAUGAUUUGUUGGUGUUGGGUGUGAAUUCUAUGAAUGUGGCAAUAUCUACAUCAGCAUCUUUGCUGGUAACAUCAUUUGCCUGGAUUUGGUAUCACCCAGUGCUUGGAGGUUUCCUCAUGAUUGGAGCAGCUGUGCCAUUCCUGUAUUCAGCAAUUCAGCUCUACUGUGGUGACCACCAGGAAAACCGCUAUCAGAGGUUGUGAAUUCUUAGUAGUCUGUGGAAGUGAUCAGUAUUUUUGUGAGACUGAAAAGUUGUGAAGUAGAAGAUAUUUUAGGAAUAUGCUGUAGAAAUCUUCAGUAGGGAUUAAAAACAUGUUUUAUAACGUAUUUGGUCCUACAGAUUUAAGAAACUGGAAGGAAAGUGAAAAGUCUGAAGAUACAGGUAGGCUGCAUCAAAAAUUGACUCUUUGUUAGUUGUACUGAUUAGAAUAAGCUUUAUAAGGAACUGAUUUUUACCAAAGAUUCAAAUUUUAACCUUUGAGAGACGGGGUAUUUAAAUUGUGGUAGUUGUAGCAGGCCAGAGUUUAUUUAAAUGCCUGCAGAUCUAGAAGAUUAAAUUUGUGAUCAUGUUACUAAAAAUGCUGUAACUUAUACAAUUUUUGUGGUAAAUGGACGAAAUUAACGUUGCUUUUAUCUAGAAAGAAUAUAGAAUCAGAUAUUGUAAUUUAAAGCCUUAAAAAUCUGUAAAAAUUCUCACACCGAUUUUUUUUUAUAUAUAUAAAGAUUUUGAGCAUUUGCCUACAAUUCUACUUUCACCUCAUGCACAAUAUGUUUCAGCAGUAUAAAUGUUGGCUCCUGGUUUAUCAAUUAGAGACCAGAAGUUUAUAUUUGUUUCUGCUGCAUCAUAUUCUCAGAUUACAAACAUUGCCUGUUCCUUGUAGCAUACAUAGUAAAUUCUUGGGAUGUUACAUCAGAAGGCAGUUGUGUGAUACAGAUUCAGACUGCGGUACAGAUGAUUUUGACAGUGGUCAUGACGGAAGCUCCGAAAGUGAAGUCAACGAAGAACCAUUAUCUUCGUCAACAAUCUGGGGACCACCACGUCAGCAUGACAGGAGGGGUGUGAAUAAUUUUUCCAAUGGAGCAGUGGGGAUAUCUCUCGAUAAAGCUCCACAUGUAAAUAAGGAUUCCGCCCCACUCUGCGUUUUCAUGCUUUACUUCGCAGGAAUUAUCCAGCUGCUGGUGGACGAGACUAACAGAUAUUAUCACCAAGACCUAGACAGACUUGAAGACAGACCUUCUCCGCGCCCAGAUGUAACCGACUCCGAGAUGUUUCUGUUUCUAGGAAUUGUUCAAAUGGGACAUAAUAUAAGGGACAGACUAAAGGACUACUGGUCAAUUGCUGAGCAAUUUUGCACGCCUUCCUACAGCAACACAAUGAAACCGUGACCGUUUUCUUCACCUUCGUUUCAUUCAUUUUGCAGAUUACAAUACAGAAUUUGACAGGAAUGCCAACAGUUAUGACCGACUAUGGAAAAUUAGGACCAUCUUCGAUACUGUAAAUGAUGCAUAUCAAAAAUAUUAUCAUCCUUCUCAACAUUUGUCUGUUGAUGAAAUAAUUGUCAAAUUCAAAGGAAGGGUGGUUUUGAGACAGUACAUUCCUAAGAAACACAAACGUUUCGGAAUCAAAAUCUACAAACUCUGUGACGCUGCUGGGUAUACUUACGACAUGAAGGUUUACUUGGGGAAAGACAGGACAGGGACCUCUGCAGAAGGGUUGAGGGAGUAGGCCACAAACUAUACACGGACAAUUUCUUUUCAUCACCAGACUUGUUUGACGAACUAAUGAUGAAGAAAAUAAGUUGCUGUGGGACAUUCAGACUGAAUCGGAAGGGCUUGCCUCAAGACUUUCGCAACAGACAACUUCAAUUGAAGAAAGGUGACAUGUGGGUUAGGGUGAGAGGGGACGUGACAGCACUAGUUUGGAAGGAUAAAAGUGAGGUUCAUAUGUUGACAAACAUGCACUCUCCUCCAGCAGAAGGCAAUUUCUGUGAUGAGCAUGGAAAUGCCAUCAAACCAGCAAUUGUUGCAGAUUAUAAGCACAUGGGAUAUGUCGACAAGGCAGACAGAAUGACAAACAGCUAUUCCAUCAGUCGUACCUGGAAAUGGACAAAUUGUUCUUCCAUCUCCUGCAUCUGACGACUCUGAACAGUUUCAUCAUGUUGUCAUGCUGUGGUGUGAGACUUUCGUUUCACCCUUGUGAGAAAUAUGCUGGAACAUGCUGCAAGGAGUCUACCUCGACCCCGUGCUCUGUCAUCUACAAUAUGUUGGAUUAGAGGAAGCCAAUCGACAUCACUGGCCAACUUCCUCAACCACGAGACUGAACUGUCGUGUGUGCUCUUCAUGUGCAAAGAGGAGAAAUAUCCAAACAAAGUGCAUAGAAUGUGACGUUGGACUCUGCAUUUUUGGGUGUUUCCAGGAGUACCACACGAAGGCUAGAUUCAGUUAGAUCAGUGGUUCUCAAACUUUUUACCUCUGAGCCCCCCUGACAAGAGAAAAUACUCUGAGGCC